CCCGCCCCUGGGUCCCCGCCCCACCCGGGCGGUGUGUCCGCGGUUGUCGCCGCUCCCGCCGGCCGGGCAGGGCUGCGGGCAAGUGAGCUCGGCUGCGCCGGGGCUCCGCAGCCUUCCGCAGGUCUCCGCCCCUACCCCCGCCCCGGGGCGUCCUCGGGCAACGGGGCGGUAACGGGAAGAAAUGCGGCAAAGUUUCGUCUUCGCGCAAAAUCGGGGCUGUUCUCGGGCAGGGGGGGGUGGGGGCCGUCAGCUGGCUGGUUUGGGUGAAAGGCUUGCUCGGCUGCUGUAAGGAAAUCAAAGUGCGCUUUCGGGUAUUGGUUUGGCUUUGGGGGCGGGAAGGUGGCGGUGGUUUUUCUUUGCUAGAAGAGGAUUGCAAAGCUGCCGGGGGUUUAUCCCUCUGUCGGAGGGAGCCGGCGAUGAUAUUUUGCAAUUGCUGUAGGAAGACUGUCCUGGAAAUCCCCACGUUCUGGUGCAAACGCCUCCACGUAGGAGUUUGAAAUGGUCUGAAAGGAUGCAGCCAAAUUGGAGAGUUGUGCUGUAAGAAGCAGGGGGAAAGGUGCGGGAGUGAGAUGUGUGGGGUGUGCUGGGCCUGGGAAGCUGAACGACUUUAACCUGCAGACCUGCCAAUACACAUGCUUCCAAUUUCAAGUUAGAAGGCAAGGAAUUCUUUUAAAUAGUGCCAUUGAGUCUGAUAAGUAGGACUGGGAUAUGUAGUUUAUGUGGGGAAAAAAUACGGUAUUUCAAUGUGACUGGGGUGUUUUUUUGCUUGUUUUUGUAAGAGAAUGUUCCAGUGACAAUGUUUUUGUUUCUUAUAGGACAAGUCAUUCUGCUGACUUCUCCCAGCCCAGCUGUUUAAAACACAGCGUGCACACGCAGGAGUAAGCUGAAGGUACAGCUGAAGAUCUGUAGACUUAGAGAAGAUUUGAAACCAUGGCAAGCCUGUGUGCAGCAAAUACCACUUUUGCCCUGGACCUCUUAAGAAAGCUGUGUGAGAAGAAAAGUGGUCAGAAUCUAUUCUUUUCCCCUUUUAGUAUUUCUUCUGCUUUGUUUAUGAUUUUGCUGGGUUCAAAAGGUAACACCGAAGCCCAGAUAACAAAGGUAGGUUUGCUUUCUCUGAACAAAGCUGAGGAUGCUCACAAUGGGUAUCAAUCCCUUCUCUCUGAAAUUAACGAUCCAAACACCAAAUACAUCCUGAGAACUGCAAACCGGCUUUAUGGGGAAAAGACGUUUGAGUUUCUCCCAUCAUUUCUAGAGUCGAGUCAGAAAUCCUACCACGCUGGACUGGAACCGACUGACUUCAUGAACGCUUGGGAGGAUUCCAGAAAACAAAUCAAUGGCUGGGUAGAGGAAAGGACUGAAGGUAAAAUUCAGAACCUGUUGGCGGAGGGGGUUCUUGAUUCCCUGACCAGACUUGUGUUGGUGAAUGCCAUCUAUUUCAAAGGCAACUGGGAAAAGCAGUUCAACAAAGUGGGAACCGCAGAAAGGCCAUUUCAGAUUAACAAGAAUGAGACCAAGCCUGUGCAGAUGAUGUUCAAGACAGACAUAUUUAACAUGACCUAUAUUGGAGACUUGCAGACCAAAAUCCUUGAGCUGCCCUAUGUCGGUAAUGAACUCAGCAUGAUCAUCCUGCUCCCUGAUGCAAUCCAGGAUGGAUCCACGGGCUUGGAAAGACUGGAAAGAGAACUUACAUAUGAGAAGCUGAUAGAUUGGAUCAGUCCUGAAAUGAUGAAGUCUACAAAGGUGAGGGUGUCUUUACCCAGAUUUAAGCUGGAAGAAGAUUAUGAUCUGAAACCCAUUCUGAGCCGCAUGGGAAUGCCUGAUGCAUUUGACUUGGGGAAGGCAGACUUCUCGGGAAUGUCAUCUGGCAGUGAGCUGGUGCUCUCUGAAGUGGUUCACAAGUCCUUUGUGGAAGUCAACGAAGAAGGCACUGAAGCAGCUGCUGCCACAGCUUACCGGAUCGUGGGUGGAUCUCCAAUGAUCAUUCCAGAUUUCACUGCUGAUCAUCCCUUCCUCUUCUUCAUCCGGCACAACAAGUCUUCCAGCAUUUUGUUCUGUGGCAGGUUUUGCUCUCCCUGAAGCUGAGUUGUCUUGGCAGGAUAGGGGCCAUUACACAAUAAAGAUUUCUCUCAAACAGGGUGACUGCUUUUGCACUAAUUGCCUCUUUGAGCUGUGCCUGAACCCUCUUCUGUGGUCUUGAUCUGGGGCUUGGCAAGAAUAACAGAGCUGCUUGGAGCUCCACAGCAAGUGCCAUGGAAAACACCUCUCUCCCUGUGCACCUGUGUGGAGGUUCUUGCUGACAGAAGGAACAUCCCACUUGCUCAGCGAAGGCUUCUCCUGUCCUUGACUUGACUUUUAGUGUCCAUGAGGCCGAGUCGGGCACUGACAGCGCGUGAGAGAGCAGAAGUUACUUUUGCUUCUGACAAGGCUGGAGCACCUUUUUAGCUGCACUCCCUUUUCUUCUUCCAGUCCCAUCCAUUUAGUGCCUUGAUCCAUUCCCUAGAGCUGAAAGGAGUCUUUGGCAGCCUGUUCCAGGUGUUCCUGAGCACCCUGCCUAGAUGGGGUUUUUUUGUCUACUAACUGGACAAGGACUUGGGCAGGAAUGGGAAUGAAAGUAUGUUUUUGUAGCAGAUGUCCUUAUGGGGUGUUUGUGGGUUGAGAACCUUUGUUUCAUCACCACAGGACUCCUGGGUUUACCUGUCUCCUGGUUCUACUCCUUUAACAAAGAAUGUAACAAAAGAGCAUAUGGUGCCUCUGCAAUAUUUGAAUGACAAAGCUUUAACGUUUUUGCUAUCGUUAUAUAUUUAUCCUAUUCAUAGUUUCGUAAACAUCAUAGCUGAACGGUAUAAUGCCAAAGCCACAGCUGAAACACCUUUCUUGACACAGGGCUGUGUUUGUGUUUUGGAGUUCCUGUUCCUGAAAUAAUAAAAAACCCACGAGCGCU